GUCCAGCAAAUCGGUACUCUGUGGACAUAAACGUGUUAUUCAGUUGGCUCACAGUGCGUGUGGUAUUUGCAUCGAAGCUACAAUAACUGUGAUCCAGAAGUUUCAUAAAGACGAAUCAAACAUGGGCUCCCAUAAGCACAAAAAGAAAUAUGAAUCUGACUCGGAUGACUCUUCAUCAGGAUCUUCAGAUGACAGCUCCUCAAGAUCUUCGGGAAGCGAGAGUGGCAAGAAACAUAAAAAACCGAAAAAGCGACACUCAAAAGAUGAUCAUAAAGAGAGGUUUAGACUGUAAAAUUUGAGGCAUGUAGGUACCUUGUGUCCUAGAUGGUUGUUUCCCCUAAUCUAGAUAUUUACAGAGCUCCAAGACCUACACACAUUUCAAAUAGGCCAUCAAGCUACACGUUUAUAAAGUACCCCCUUCUAAAUCAGCACUGGUUAUGAUUUUGCUUAGUUUAGCUCAUGAUUUUGUGUAUACACUGAGAGGAUAUGUAUGGAUGAAUGCAUUCAGCAAACGCAAAAGGGUAGAAGAACCACAGGAAAAGUAUGCAGAAAAAUCAUACAAAGAGAAAUAUGACAAUUACAGCCAUAGUUCAAAAUAUAAAUCUAAAUCCAGAAGUCCUAAGGAUAAAAAAGAUAGAUAUAGUGAAAAAGAUGACAGAAGGUGGAAUCGAGAAGAAGGAAGAAAAUACAGAGAUGAAGGGAGACGGGUUAGAGGUGAUAGAGAGAGAGAUAGAUCUGAUGAUAGAUAUGAGGAUAGAGGGAAAAGGGAUCAUAAGAAAGAUCAGUCAAGAGAUGAUAGAGGAUCAAGAGGGGAUGAUAGGAGAGGCAGAAAUCAUAGAGAAAGGAGGAGAAGCAAUUCAUUUGAUCAUGCAAAUGCUAAGUGGGGCAAAGGCGAAGGUGAACCAAAUCGUUCAAUGAAAAAAGAAAAUGAAGAGAAGGAUAAGCCCAACUUUGGACUAUCUGGGAAAUUAACAGAAGAAACCAAUACCUAUAGAGGUGUUGUAAUAAAAUACAGUGAACCGCCAGAGGCUCGAAAACCUAGACGCAGGUGGCGUUUGUAUCCAUUUAAAGGAGAAAAAGCACUACAAACUCUCUAUAUUCAUAGGGAGAGCGCCUAUCUUAUUGGGAGGGAUAGAAAAGUUGUGGACCUACCUGUUGAUCAUCCAUCGUGCUCCAAGCAACACGCGGUGCUACAGUUUCGCUUAGUACCUUUCACAAGAGAUGAUGGAAGUUCUGGAAAGAGAGUUCGCCCUUACCUCAUAGACCUAGAGUCGGCGAAUGGUACUUUUAUAAAUAACAAGAAAAUUGAGCCAAAAAAAUAUAUUGAACUGUUGGAGAGAGAUGUCAUCAAAUUUGGCUUUAGUUCGAGGGAGUACGUCUUGUUGCACGAGAACAGCAAAGAUGAAGUUUUGGAUGAUGAUGUCAAACAAGAGGAAGAAGAAGAGGAAGUUAAAGUUAAGGCUGAGCCUGUAUGAUAGCGAUAUUACUGGAGUAAGCUAAUUUUCAAGAGUAUUUCAAAUGUAUGUCCAGUCACUCGAUUUUAGUUCAGUUUGUUGUUUCACCCCAAAGAUUUCUCACAGUGAUUAUUACAUUAUUAUUUAGAAAUUGCAGUGUUAGUCUCAGACGCGGUGAUUGGCUUUGGGUAAAUGUUUUUGCAUACUCUUUUCUUCAAAAUGGUGUCAUUUUACAGCGAAGAAAUUAUUUCCAAUCAUUUGAAAGGAUAACUACACAAGAAGUUAUCUUCUUCAGUCUCUAAAAUUGUAAUACAGUGUUUUUUAUUAUCAAUACAGGCAAUUUACUAUUUUCUAAGUAAAAAUAAACUAUUGAAAAUGUG